CGCUCCCUGAAUUCUUUCCCCUACGUAAGCCUCAACGCGGCCAUUUUCUCACCGCGUUGUUUUCUGGGGGAGUUCUUCGCCCUCUUUUCCUGCGAGUUAUUCACUGAUUCAUUUUCGAACCGUCGGCAGGCCUUCGUUCAAUUGCUGUCGUUAUUAUCCAUCUCUUCUCUUGGUUUACGAAGAAACACCACCCUCACUUUGGUGCUCGAAGCACAUUCCCCAACCCGCUCUCGCGUUCCUUCACCCUCCUCCCCCUCCCCCUUCGUCUCGGGUCACGACACUCCUUGCCUGUACCGAGUUCGGCAAUCGUGACGACACGUCCCUGGCUGACCCUAUGCCGAACAACCCCCAAAAAUCUCCAUCCUUUCGACUCUCUCGCCAGGGCUUUCAGCCAUUGAAUACCAACAGUAACGAAACGGGAGACAACAUGGGGAAUCCCGAAAACAUACCCCUCCAGACGGUGGUCAGCCACACGCCCUCGCACUCCCCGGCCGCACACGAGGAGCACACGGAGAAGAGCGGCCUGUUCCACCGACAUGCGGGCAGGAGAAAGGUUCAGAAAAUCGAUUCUAAGUCCGGGGCUCCUCGUCCUGGCGAUGAUGGAGACCCUGAAAAGCCAGCCGUCAACCGGAUGGGCAAAUUCUACACCAAGAUUCUGAAUUUCAGUAUUGUCACUCGUUACAUGAUUUAUGUCGCCCCCCUAGCCAUCAUAUUAGCCAUUCCCAUCAUCCUCUCCGAGACAGUCCUCAAUCAGAAGGACUCGAAGACUGGAUCUCCAAAGCACACCAUUGGCGGAGCGGAUGAGAAGCUGUUCUGGAUCUGGAUUGAGAUUGUCUGGCUGAGCUUGUGGGCUUGCAAAGUUGUCGCCCACUUCCUUCCCAAUAUUUUCGAAUUCCUCAUUGGUGUUGUAAGCCCCGGCGUGCGCAAAUAUGCAUUGCUGUUGAGGGCUAUAGAAAAGCCGCUCUCCAUCGUCUUCUGGAUGAUCGUUACACAGGUCACGUUUCCAACACUCGUUAAAACCCCUCGCAGUUGGCGAGAUACCAUGAUUAGCGUUCUCCGAGCUGCAUUGAUUUCAUCCUGCAUUGUUCUUGGGGAGCGCAUCUUGAUCCAGCUGAUCAGCAUAAGCUAUCACCGGAAGCAAUUCGAUGCAAAGAUCAAAGAUUCAAAACGUAAUAUCUAUCUCUUGGGACAGCUUUACGACGCUUCCAGACAAUUGUUCCCCGCUUAUUGCAACGAGUUCGCGGAGGAGGACUACAUUAUCCAGGACUCUCUUCAGCUUACCUUGGGAAGUAAGAAAACUACAUUUGGCACCCGCGGUCGUUCCAAUUCAGGCACUCCAAUGAGGCUGCUUCAGGAUGUGGGAAGAUUUGGAGACAAAGUUACCUCUGUGUUCGGUACCGUCGCCCAGGAAAUCACCGGCAAGAAGAUUUUGGACCCGAACUCGGCCCACUCAAUUGUCCUCGAGGCACUAGACAAGAACCGGUCUGCCGAGGCCUUAGCAAGGCGGAUUUGGAUGUCCUUUGUUGCCGAGGGCAAGGACUCCCUGUACCAGGAAGAUUUGAUGGAAGUCUUGGGAGCUGGCCGUCAACAUGAGGCUGAAGAAUGCUUUUCUGCUCUUGAUCGGGAUGGGAAUGGAGACAUCAGUCUUGAAGAAAUGAUCCUUACCGUCACUGAAUAUGGACGGGAGCGCAAAUCGAUCGCCUCUAGCAUGCACGAUGUUGAUCAAGCCAUCAAUGCCCUCGAUGGGCUUUUAUUCACUAUCGUGUUCAUUGUCUGCAUCUUCGUCUUCAUUGCCUUCCUCAGCCCAAGUUUUGUUGGGACACUCACCACAUCUGCUACUGCAUUGCUCUCUCUCUCGUUCGUAUUCGCUGCAACCUGCCAGGAGGUGCUCGGAUCCUGCAUUUUCCUCUUCGUCAAGCACCCCUACGACAUUGGUGACCGUGUGGACUUGGCCACCGAUCAACUUACUGUCGAGCACAUCUCCCUUUUGUACACUGUCUUCAAGCGAGUGCAGAAUGGCAAGAUGGUACAGAUCCCCAAUAUCGUUCUCAACAACCUGUGGGUCGAGAAUAUCACCCGUAGCAAGGCCAUGAGAGAACAAGUCUCCAUAUUUGUCAACUUUGACACAACUUUUGAGGAUGUAAAUGUUCUCAAGCAGGAGAUGCAAGCCUUUGUUCGGGAUCCUGCGAACAGCCGCGACUUCCACUCUGAUAUGGAGCUUGAGGUUGUCAGCAUUGCCGAGAUGAAUAAGCUCGAGCUUCGAUGCGAAAUCCGACACAAGAGCAAUUGGUCAAAUGAAGCUCUUCGCGCAUCUCGCCGCUCCAAAUUCAUGUGUGCUCUCGUUUUGGCUCUCCGGAAGAUUCCAAUCUAUGGUCCAGGUGGCGGAGACGCUGCUCUGGGCGAUGCUGGCAAGCCGUCAUGGUCCGUUGCCAUUUCUCCCGCAGAUGCUAUCGCGGCUCGGGACAAGUACAACCAGGACAAGGACGCCAAGCGACUUUACCCUACCGCGAAACCUAAUCCCAGAGAGGAGGACAAUAGCAAGUCGUCCAGCACAGACUACCUGGGCGUUGGCAAUACAGAGGGCCAAGCUAUUCACCAGAUAAAUAAUCGCAAGCCAGGCGCGGACCCCGUCCGCGAUGAUACCUGGAACAAUCGUGAUGAUGUCAGCACUCUCGGCCGUCCCAGCACCGAUGCCCGUCCUGAUCUCGACGAAGUCCGUGGACUAUUGCACAAGGAGAGCAACAGGGGAAAACGCAAGCAAGGCCCUACCCUCGACCAACCCCGCCAAGGCAUGCCUCCCCUUCCAAUCCCAGUAGUUCCGUCACCACACACAGGCACCUCUGGACAGAACUAUGCCCAACCUCCGCAACAGCGCACCCAGCCAGCUUCCCCAAGUUCUGUCUCGACCGGGCACGUCGAAGAGUUUGAGUAUCAACGGAUGCAGCAAAUGCAGCCAUCGCAGCCAAUGCCCCCUCCACCACGCUCCCAGAGCCGACCCGUAGGAUCUCAACCACCGGAGGGCAACGCCUUCGCCUAUUCGAUGCAGCGUCCGGUCCAGGCUCCUCGCUUGCCGCAGAGUCCUAACACCGGCUCCAACAACCCAUAUCGAUCGCCAUCCCCGCAUGACCAGCAUCCAUACAAGCCAUGAGAUUCCACGAGAUAGCAAACAAAUCUCUCUACGAAGUGAGUGUGUUUAAUAGAAGGCAUAAAUGAUAAUGAAUUUCCUUAGCUAGGAAAUGGGGAUUGCACCUUAAUGUGUUUUUCUUAGUCUUUCUUCAAGAGUGGCUUUUACAAUGGCUAGGCUUGAUGAUGCCCGCCUGGCGGUGUGAAAACUCCAUUCAGAAUUGUGCAAUGGUUGUUUGGGUAGGUUGUAUAUUCAAAGGUUCUGCAAGUCACCUAAAGUAGGUAGACUGCUAGUCAUUGUCCAACCGGUUAUUUUGAUCCUACGAGGAUCACGAGCUGUUAGGCACGAAUGUAAAAGAAAAUUGGCAUUUGAGCUGGGUUUCGUAGUUGCAAUAGUGGCUUGCUUCACUCUUCGUACCAAC